AUGAAUUUCGUCAAGAGCAGCGUUUACCAGCAGGAGAUCACCUCGGAGGGGGUGAAGGAGAAGGAAAUUGUGACGCGAACCAAGGAAGAGAUCGCUCUCGAGGAGCGACUGAAGAAUCUUCCGGAAUUCCAGCGCCAAAACCACUUCCUCAGCUUCGCCGAGGUCAAAUACGAUGACCCUAGCCUGGCGGAGAAGAAGGAGGGUUUCAAUCCGGACGUCCCAGCUGCAGUGACCGAAGAGGAGUUCGAGUACUAUGAGGCGCUGGCCGCUCAAGACCGGCGCCGCCAGCAGCAGCGGCAGCAGGAAGAGAAAGACAUGCAGAACGAGUUUUUGAAAGCGAAGAAGGAGAUGGAGGAACAGAGAAGACAGGCUCUCAGCGAAGCUGGACAGUACGGGUCGCCCCGUUCCCCAGGCGGAAGCCUCGGCCGCAUGGGUCUCUCUGCACAAGCGCGAAGAGGCGGAGAGACAAGCUUAUCGCAGGGGGCCGACGGAGUCUCCAGUCUGUCUUCGCGACGCCACGCGACGCCACAGGCGAAUGCGACGAGUUCAAGUAUGGGCGCGCGCAUCUUCGACCUCACCUCGAAGAGGAAGCUAGUCACGCCGGCGCAGACACAGCGGGCGAAUGCUUCGCUUACUGAGUCUCCUGGAGAAUCUUGUUUUCCGUCGACGGUGAAGAGAGUUCGGCGAAAUGGGGAAUGCGAGAGUGACAAGGCGCCUACAGCGCCCAGCGGGGCGUCAGACAAAGAUGACGCACCUGUCUCGCCAGCGUCGGGUCCAGAGGAGACACCCGAACCCCCGGUCCCCACUGGUGGACUCCAGGACUUGAUGGGGGGAUAUUCAGACGAUGAAGAAGAGGAAGAAGCACAGAAAGAGGAAGCACCGAAAGGAUCUGAGAACGGGGAAGACAAGGCAGCUGGGAUUGCCCGGGAAGGAAGAAAAAGAGAGAAAGACGCGAAAGGAGACAAAGAAGAGUAG